CAUUUUGUAAUUAUACGACCAUUUUGGCAACUGUCGGUCACAUAGCAUAGGACAACUCCACUAGCGCGUUCCCAUCUGCUCUCAUCAUUUUGUCGCUCCAUUUUUCAUGCCUCGCUGCCUCUGAAUCAGUGUUUGAUGCUUUGCUGCAGCCUUGACUGAAACUGGUUUUGCCUACCAAUCCACUGCAUGCCUUCUCUAUUCAUUGUUCGCUCGCCCAUCUCUCGCGCCCUCCCUUCCCCUGCUCUCAGCAUCACUCCAUGGGAACCCACUUUUUUUUAUUUCACGUUGCCUUUGCCUGUAUCGCCCCCUCCCCAUAUCCACCCAUGUGCGCCUAUUCGUCUGUGUUACUCCAGUUUUAUGUGCAUCUCUACUUACUCACGUAGCUCCUGAACAUCACACCAGGCGAUAUUUGGGCCAGACAUAUCGUUUUUGCACUUAUCACGUGAGUGGGUUUUUGUAGUUUUUGCCUAUUCUUAUCACAGUGUAGAUAUUUUUAUUCUUUCGCUGCAUAAUCUGGUUAGGACUAGGUCUGUGCAGAGAUUGGCUGAUGGUUGGUGGGAGUGUGAGAGGAUGUUGCUGGGGUUGACAUCAAAAGUGGGAUCUCAGAGAUGGGUAGUGGCAGCAGGUAAUCCCUGUUAACAGAGUCAUUAUGGUCAGUGGAUAUUGUGUUCUUGUCAUGUUGUUUGUGAAGCUGCUUGGUGUUAAUCUAGGAAGGGCUACAAUGCAGCGAUAAAAAGUCCCUUAGGGGUGUCUCCUCAAUCUUAAUCCCUCUCUCCAUCCCUCUCUCUCUCCAUCUCUCUCUCUCUUUCUCACUGUGAAAGCCUCUCUCAUCCAUCACCACAAGCACCUCUCACUGUCACCAGACAACUAGACAGUUAUUGGCUUUUUAAUAUUCCACUAAACGCAAAAAGAAUUACUACUCUGGUUUUAUUUGUGUUUUGACUUUUCCCGUGGCUUGUCUCUUAAGCCCUUUUUUUUGUAGGAGGAUGUUUUUUCAAGAGCAUCUGGCACUGAUGGCUGGCAGAAUACCUCUUUGAGUGGGUAAAAAUUUCACGCACACCGGAGAGGAGCAGAGACAGGAGAGUUGAACCUCCCAACAGCCAUUAGAGGGUUGAGGAGGGGACCGGUGGCAGGAGGAAAAUGGCUGCCAUGACAACGGUGCCCAGCUACAGCCCAUCGCUAUGGGUGCGAGUCUGCCACGCCCUCCCCCGGCUGGACUUCACCAUGACGAUGAGGGACAACUUCUUUGUGCCCGACAGCUGGGAGUAUCAGCAGACUUUACUGGUUUUGUCCAGUUUAUCAGCCAUCGCACUCGUUAUCUCGCUGUUGGUGGUUCUGUCCUUCCUUAUCCACUACUGCUGCUGUCACCGUGGCGACCGGAGCGAGGGAUCGGAGGAAGAGGAGGAGGACGAAGAUGGCAGCACGGGUCACGGUUACAGCGGGAAGAAGGGCCGGGGCAUCUGCUGUGUCACAUGGGUGGCGGUGGCGGCUGUCACGUUGUGCUGCGUUGCCAUAGGCGUCGGUUUCUAUGGCAACAGCGAGGCUAAUGAUGGGAUGUAUCAGUUGACCUCGUCCCUCCUCACAGCCAAUUACACGCUCGCUUCUAUCGAUCUACUGAUUUCAGACACAAUUAGUGGGCUGCAGUUGUCCAUCACGGGUCCGCUGGCUUCGAUGGAGGAGCUAUUUACAGGAAGCAAACCGUUCCUGGUGUCGACAAGGAACUGCCGGAGGUUAUCUGAAAACGUGAUAAACAUGCUCUCCUCGAUCUCUCUGGCGCGUGGCAGUCUGGACUUAGGCCUGGGGAACGACAGCAGCACAGCGGGAGCCUCCAUCAUCCCCUUGACCCCUGUGCCCCCCUCUGUCGCCCCCACUGUGGUGCCCUCUAGUGGCCUCAUGCCCAGCCCCUUCAGCCCGGGCUGGGCCGCCAACACGCUCAUGGUCAACGAGGAUUACAGGUGGCUGUCGUAUGUCCUGCUUCUACUCUUAGACCUCAUCGUGUGUCUGUUCAUUCUUUUGGGACUGGCCAAACAAGCGCGCUGGCUCCUCAUUUUGAUGACGGUGCUGGCGUGGUUGGCUCUGUUCCUCAGCUGGGGCUCGUUGGGUCUGGAGACGGCCACUGUAGUGGCUCUUAGUGACUUCUGCUCAGACCCAAACUCCUUCGUCCUGAACUCCACACAGUUCAACAGUGGGACGAGUGCAGGUAAAGCAGAUGUUCUGGAUUAUUACCUCACCUGCAACCGCCGCAUGAACAGCCCGUACCAGCAGUUGCUGACCCAGUCUCAGAGGGCGCUGUCCAACAUUCACACACAUCUGUCCAGUCUAGACAGAAACGCGCUGCCGCAGUUCCCCAAAGCCGAGAAAUCACUCAGGGAGGUCCAGCAGAUCCUGAACUCCACAGAGGGAAACUUCCAUCAGCUUGUGGCUCUGCUCAACUGUCGAGGCCUGAACAAGGACUACAUCGACUCUUUGAAAGGCCUGUGUUACGACGGCAUGGAGGGGCUGCUGUACCUGUCGCUCUAUUCUUUCCUCUCUGCCUUGGCCUUCACUGCCAUCCUCUGCUCUCUGCCCGGAGCCUGGAGGAGCUUCCCAAGUGAAUCUGAAGACUAUGAAGACUCGGACAGUGAGAGUGAGGACCCCUUCACCUCGCAUCAGGCACGUAGACAGACGUCCUCGGGGUCUCAGCGAGGGGCCACUGCCCCCUUCUAUAAUUACCCGGGCUCCGGGUGGACACCCCCUUUUUCUAGUGCCCCGCCCCUCCCGACUCAAAACGUUUCCUCCAAUGGCAACCCUGGUUAUGAGAGCCUUCCCCUGACUGACAGGCAGUCCCCACCCCCCUCUUACUCUCCCAGCAUGCUGACUGGAUAUGGGGGAGGCCAAUCACACCCCAACCCCGCCCAUUCGAGGAACUUGUAUUCACGUUGAUUAUUUUUUUGUUAGGAAAUGUAUAGAAAAAAUGUUUAGUUUUCAUAUGAAUGGACACUUUACUGAAAAGAAAACGUACUAAUCUAAGCUGAAUGCUACAUGUGAGAUUUACUAUGAAACGUAACAUCUGAACCACUAAGUAUUAAAAAAGCACUUAAAGCAACGGGACUGCAAAUAUGUGGGAGAAUAAUGUAAAGGAUCGUCAAAGGUGGAAGUGUUUACCCCAUGUCUGUGAAACUUAUGUGUAAACUGUGAACAGUGACGAGCAGUUCAGAUGGUAUGGAGUUACUGCAAUGUAGUUUAUCUUCUUCAGAGGUGGGUAGCCAAAAUUGUACCGAAGUAAAGAGUAAAAAUGUAUUUGGUGAGUAUGUUAAGCUACUCCAGUAACUGUUUGGACGUAAUAUCUGGUUUACGAUGUAGAGUUAAGGUACACUGCCAGGCAAAGGUGCGGAAACAUCCUCGAAUUCAAGGUUUGUUUGUUUUUUUAUUUAUUUAUACUACUUUUUACAUUUUAGAUACACACAGAAGACGUCAAAUAUGUGAAGUAAGAUAUAUGGGAUUAUGUAGAAAAGAAAAAAAACUCUACGAAAUAUUUUUUUUAAUAUUCAAGUCCUCAAACUAUCCACCCUUUGCUUUGUCGAAAAAUAUUUUGUAGAGCAGUAGUUAUUUCACUUUUUCAUUUACUGCAUAAGUCCAUU